AUGUCGCUAUCGAUAUCAGACGUAGAGAGAGAGCUAGAUCCAGGAGAGGGAAAUGGUACAUUGGGAGACAAGUCCAGCCCGCCCGAUAGCGAAGAGAUAUCGCCAGUGGACGCAGUGAAGCUCCAAGCGGAAGGAGAUGUGGAGUUAGUGGUCGAGGAGGACGCUUACAGCGGAGAUGAAGAUCACACGUUGCUCAUCGCCGUCCACUCCAAGCAGGCUGGAGGCGGUGGGAAGAAGGGCGCUUCGUUACUAAGUGCUGAGACUCUGUUCGAGCGCGACUCCUGGAGAUACAGAUACACCAGGCGUGGUCUGGUGGUAGCUGGGCUGGCGCUGCUUUUGGGGCUAGUGACUGCUUCCAUCACCCUCAUAACUCUCUCUCCUAGCUGUCCAAGCACCUCUUGUACUGCUGAGUUGCCAGCCGAAGAACUCCUGUGGUGGCAGAAGACGGUUAUCUACCAGGCUUACCCUCGCUCGUAUCAGGACAGCAAUGGAGACGGAAACGGUGACCUGAACGGCAUCAGGAGUCGACUGGACUACUUCACCGAUAUCGGUGUCGGGACGGUGUGGCUGAACCCAAUCUACCCCUCCCCUCACAUGGACAACGGCUACGACAUAUUCAACUACACCGACAUUGACCCGCUCUACGGAGACUUGCAGGACUUCAAGGAUCUCCUGGAGGACAUGCACAAGAAGGGACUCCACAUUCUGCUGGACUUUAUACCCAACCACACUUCAGAGGAUCAUCCGUGGUUCAAAGAGAGUCGCAGCAGUCAAAACAGCUCCAAGAGGGACUGGUACUUAUGGGCUGACGGUAAAGACGGCGGUCCACCGAACCACUGGAUCAGCGUGUUUGGAGGCAGCGCCUGGGCCUAUGACGACGUCACAGGGCAGUACUACUACCAUGCAUUCGGAGACUUCCAGCCAGACCUCAACUACCGGAACCCAGGGGUACAGGAGGCAAUGAAAGACGUGAUGAAGUUCUGGUUGGACCUCGGUGUGGACGGGUUCCGGGUGGAUGCCGCCAUCUUUCUACUGGAGGAUUUGCGAGCUGAGGAAUGA